AUGUUGCCAAGGAUGAUUCCCAGCUAUAAUCCAAAUGACAAUGAAUAUGGUUUGAAGCUUUUGGAGGACCUGACAACAAAUGCAUAUGAAGUACAGCAACAGGUGUUAGAAGAGAUACUUACAAAAAAUGCACAGACAGAAUAUCUCAGUGCCUUUCUCAAUGGCCACUAUGACAGGAAAGAUUUCAAGAAGAAAGUUCCUGUUGUGAAUUAUGAAGAUGUCAAGCCUUACAUCGAGCGAAUUGCGAAUGGAGAGCCAUCAGAUAUCAUCUCAGCUCAAAAAAUCACUGAGCUCCUCACAAGCUCUGGAACUUCAGGAGGGCAGCCUAAGAUGAUGCCUUCAACUGUUGAAGACUUGGACAGAAAGACAUUCUUUUAUAAUCUCCUUGUGCCUGUGAUGAACAAGUAUGUGGAUGGCUUGGACCAGGGAAAAGGAAUGUACCUCUUGUUUAUCAAACCAGAAAUUAGUACUCCUUCUGGGUUGGUGGCAAGGCCUGUCCUAACCAGCUACUACAAGAGCAGUAACUUCCGAAACCGUCCUUUCAACCGGUACAACAUCUACACAAGCCCAGAUGAGAUCAUCUUGUGCUCAGACAGCAAGCAGAGCAUGUACUGCCAGUUACUUUGUGGUUUAGUUCAGAGGGAUAAAGUCAUGAGGGUUGGUGCGGUUUUUGCUUCCGCUUUCCUAAGGGCUAUCAAAUUCUUAGAGGACCACUGGAAAGAGUUGUGCUCUAACAUAGGAUCAGGUCAUGUCAGUGAUUGGAUCACUGACCUCAGUUGCAGAAAUGCUGUGUCCUUAGUUCUUAGCAAACCAAAUCCAGAUUUGGCCAAUUUGAUUGAGCAUGAGUUUAAUAACAAGUCAUGGGAAGGUAUAGUCAAGAGGCUUUGGCCUAGAACAAAGUACAUUGAGGUUAUAGUCACAGGGUCCAUGGCUCAAUAUAUCCCAACUCUUGAAUUCUAUUCUGGUGGACUGCCUUUGAUUUCAACAAUGUAUGCUUCCUCUGAAUGCUAUUUUGGGAUCAAUUUCAACCCAUUAAGCAAGCCACAUGAUGUUGCUUACACCCUCCUUCCUAACAUGGCCUACUUUGAGUUCCUACCAGUGGAGAAACACCAUGAAGAGGUGGCCCUUUGCAAUGGUGUUUCUGAUCAAAGUUGCAUAAAGGAGGAGGAAAAGGAAAAUCUAGAAACAGUUGAUCUAGUGGAUGUGAAGCUUGGUCACUAUUACGAACUUGUCGUCACAACUUUUACAGGCCUAUACAGGUACAGAGUUGGUGACAUUCUAAUGGUGACUGGUUUCCACAACAAAGCUCCUCAGUUCAGAUUUAUGCACAGGAGAAAUGUGGUUUUAAGCAUUGACACUGACAAAACCAAUGAAGAAGACCUUUUAAAUGCAGUGACACAAGCAAAGCUCCUCCUGGAUCCCCUUGGCUUCCUCCUGAUCGAAUACACAAGCUACGCAGACACUUCCUCAAUCCCGGGCCAUUAUGUACUGUUUUGGGAGCUUAAAACCAAAGAAAAAAAUGACCUCAUAGAGCUUGACACUAAUAUAAUGGAGCAAUGCUGCUCCACAGUGGAAGAAUCACUGGACUCUGUGUAUAGGAGGUGCAGGAGAAAGGACAAUUCAAUUGGGCCACUAGAGAUAAGAAUUGUGAAGCAUGGAGCUUUUGAUGCACUCAUGGAUUUUUCUGUGUCUCAGGGCUCUUCUGUUAACCAAUACAAGACACCCAGGUGCAUUAAAUCUGAGGAAGCCAUUAAGAUUUUGGAUUCAAGGGUGGUGGGAAGAUUUUUCAGUAAAUCAACUCCUCUCUGGGAGCCAUUUAGAAUGGAGACUAAAUAA